AUGCGGUUUCAACACUGGGCGCUGAUCUCUGCUUGUCGUUCACGGCUGAUCUCUCUCGCCGUCCGCGGCGCAAACUCUGCCUGUCGUUCACGGCUGAUCUCUCUCGCCGUCAGUGCGUCCGCGGCGCAACUCUCUCGCCGUCAGUGCGUCCGCGGCGCAACUCUCUCUCGCCGUCCGCGGCGCAACUCUGAUUUCUGUCGUACCUCUUUACUUAUCACUUUCUUUUUUUUCUUUUACUUUUUCAACACUUUUUCUUUAUUUGCUUUAUCUUCUCUUUCUCCUGGGUCCAUACUGGUUUUCUUUUUUCUAUUUCUUUUUUUCUAUUUCUUUUUUCUAUUUCUUUUUUCUUUUCCUUUUUUCUUUUCCUUUUUUCUAUUUCUUUUUUCUAUUUUCUUUUGUAUUUCUUUUUUCUAUUUUCUUUUGUAUUUCUUUUUUCUAUUUCUUUUUUUUCUAUUUCUUUUUUCUAUUCCUUUUUUAUGUUCUUUCAUUUCCUUUCAUAUUGACCGACUGACCCGUGCUCGACCGCCGUUGGCACGGAACCCUUCUCCUCUUCGGUCUUCGAAGGUCUCGUUCAAAUAUUUGCUACUACCACCGAGAUCUGCACCCGCGGUCGGCUCCACCCAGGAUCAUGCCCUAGGCUUCCGUGCUCACCGCGGCGCCCUCCUACUCGUUGCGGCAUCGGUCAGGCGGUCCUAA